AUGUCAGACUUGAAGACAGAACCGAACACCGUCCUUGACUGCAUCUCACCAUUUCUUUGCCCAUCGCCAACAAAGGAACACGUGGUUGCUCAGAUCACUCCUACCUCCCUGACAGACUUUCCUGCGGAAAUCCUCGCCUUGAUCGCUGACCAGACGGAUUCUUGGGAACGCAAUUCACUCAGUCGUGUCAACAGAUUUUUCAAUGGAGCAUGUACUGCCUCCCUUUACAGCGGACCAAUCAACAUCUCAAAUAUACAUGCCCUCCGCUCUCUGUCCGACACUGUUCUGCAACUUCGGCCAGAGUUCGCCCUUAUGGUGAAGGAUCUGGUCGUCAGAGUCUCAAUCGAAGGCUUCGCCUGGUCGGCAAGACGUACGCCAUGCGAUGAAACGCCUGCCACUACCCUUGAGCGUGGAGGACAGGUCAUAGUCGCUUGUAUCAAUCUUCGUCGUCUCAGUGUCGAAGCCGUCACCAUCGAAGCCGUCAUCCAAUUCUCCUUAUCCCGCGCAUUCUUUAUGCACGAACUGCGUCUCCCCCUCCUCCGUCAUCUCUCACUCGACAUCACCCUCGAUGCACAUGUUCUCGCAUUUGUGCAGCGUCAUCUGGAUCAAUUCCUCUCUCUUUCCAUCUGGCAUCAGGAUACAACGAUGACCGACAAGUUACGCGUGGGCAGGGAACUUGUUUCUCAAUUUAUUCUUCCGCUACCCUCGGCGGUCACAACGUUCCAAUGCUCUCCGACAAUGGCGCCGAUCUUUAUCCCUAACUCAAGCGUUACAAACGUGUCCUUCUUCUGGCCGCACUACUUCAAUGAAAGCGGAACUCAAGGAACCGAUGAGGCCGUGGAGGCUCUCACUCAAUCGCAGAGCUCCAUCGUUGUUGUCACAUAUUCAUCGCCGGAGUGGAACAUCCGAUUCAUGAGGUUUGCGGCGGAACAGCUGCCUGAGCUGCAGUAUCUUUCCAUCCUCAAUGUCGACUUAUAUGGCUCUACCAGAACGGGUAUCAACGACGCUAUACUUCUCAGGGUUGCCGAUAUCCUCCCUUCGUUUAAAUCGCUGAAAAUCCUCCGUCUUUCAAGAGCCAACUACCAUAGACUCUCUGGAGAGCUUUGUACAGCCGAGGGUGAUUUUCAGGUUGUACAGAAAUGGGCCUCACUUUGUCCGACACUCAUUUGCUGCGAAAUACCACAAACUCGAGUUUCGUGGAUACGUCAUCCCAAACACAACUUCUUUGUGAUUGACAAGGAGAUCACGAACCCGGACUAUGCAGUAAAAGAGUACGGAGAGGACUGGGAACAGACCUUUCUCCAUACGCGUAUAGGGGCAAAGUAUUCUGCCUCCUGGGCGCAGAAUUAUGAGGAUGUUCGGAAACUCGGGAUUUUGGAGGUCGUGAACGGGUUGAAGAAGAGAGGAGAAGAUUUUUAA